CGUCUGGGUCAAUCAGGACAUUAACUACCCGGAAUUUUUUCCCCCUACCACAACUCUGCAGCAAAAAAACAAGCAAAAUGGAAAGGUCAUUGUGCAUUUUGGCUUCAGUGAUUUUUCUAGGAGGUUUUAUACAUGGAGCUAAAGCAGCUACAGAUAGUUUUUCUUUUUUAUCAAACUAUACCACCCCAGCGUCAGUAAAGUGGACCGAGGCUGUGACUGUGGUGGAGCAGAGCAGAGAUGGAGUGACUCCAACAGCAGCAACAAAGCUGAACAGCAGCAAUGUAAAGGAAAAACAGCCCAACUCUACAGAUGUCAGUGAAGGCAACAAGGGAAUGAAGGAGGAGGAAGAAGAGGACAGAGAGGAUCCCAAAACAAAAGAUGAGAAAGCAGAAUUGGACUGCCCUCCCCUCGGCCUGGAGUCCCUGGGAGUUGACGACAGCCAGAUCCGGGCCUCGUCCCACCAGCGAACGGGUCUGGGUCCUCACAGAGGGAGGCUGAACAUCCAGUCAGGCAUUGAAGACGGAGAUCAGUACGAUGGAGCCUGGUGUGCCGAGUUUAAGGACCAGCAUCAGUGGCUUGAAGUGGACGCCAUUCAUCUCACACUGUUUACUGGAGUCAUCCUGCAAGGCAGAAACUCAAUCUGGAGUUGGCAUUGGGUUGAAACCUACAAGGUUCAGCUAAGUAACGACUCUGUGGACUGGCAGACCUGCAUGAAUGGAACAGAAGAGGCGAUAUUCAAAGGGAACCAGAAUCCAGAGACUCCGGUUCUUGGGCUCCUUCCAGUUCCCACUGCCGCCCGUUUCAUCCGCAUCAAUCCUCAAACCUGGUACUCCAACGGGACCAUCUGCCUCAGGGCCGAGGUACUUGGCUGCCGUGUCCACGAUCCAACAGAUUUGUAUUUCGACCAGCAUGAAAGAGGAUCAAGGGAUAAUCUGGACUUCAGACACCACGACUACAAAGAGAUGAGAAAGCUCAUGAAGUCUGUGACUGAGGAGUGUCCAGACAUCACCCGCGUCUACACCAUAGGCAAGAGCUACAUGGGCCUCAAACUGUACGUCAUGGAGAUCUCAGAUAACCCUGGGAAGCAUGAACUCGGUGAACCGGAGUUUCGCUACGUGGCAGGGAUGCAUGGAAACGAGGCACUGGGUCGAGAGCUCGUCCUAAACCUCAUGCAGUAUUUGUGCAAAGAAUACAAAAAGGGCACCCAGCGUGUUGUACGGCUGGUUACCGAGACGCGGAUUCACCUUCUACCCUCCAUGAACCCUGAUGGGUAUGAAGUAGCUUAUGAGAAGGGCUCAGAACUGGCCGGCUGGGCUGAAGGGCGAUACAGCUUCGAAGGAAUCGAUCUGAAUCAUAACUUUCCGGACCUUAACAACAUCAUGUGGGAUGACCAAGAGAGUGCAGCUGAUGGAACUAAAGUGUCCAACCACUACAUCCCCAUCCCAGAAUACUACACUCAGGAAGACGCCAUGGUUGCACCAGAGACACGGGCCAUCAUCAGCUGGAUGCAGGACAUCCCCUUUGUGCUCAGUGCAAACCUUCACGGUGGGGAACUGGUCGUCACAUAUCCCUUCGACUGCACCCGUGACUGGGCCCCUCAGGAAGACACCCCCACUGCAGAUGACGCUUUCUUCCGCUGGCUGGCCACCGUCUACGCCUCGACUCACCUGGUGCUGGCCAAUCCCGACCGCCGCAUCUGUCACUACGAGGAUUUCCAGAUGCACAACAACAUCAUCAAUGGCGGAGCCUGGCACACAGUCCCCGGCAGUAUGAAUGACUUCAGUUACCUGCACACCAACUGUUUCGAGGUGACAGUGGAGCUGUCCUGUGAUAAGUUUCCUCAUGCCAGUGAGCUUCCAGUUGAGUGGGAGAACAAUAAGGAGUCUCUUCUUGUUUACAUGGAGCAGGUUCACAGAGGGAUUAAAGGCAUCAUCAGAGACAAGAUCACCAAACAAGGAAUAGCAAAUGCUGUAAUCAAGGUGGAAGACCACGACCACGACAUCAGAUCAGCCAACGACGGGGACUACUGGCGUCUGCUGAACCCAGGCGAGUACAAGGUUGUUGUCUGGGCCGAGGGUUACUUUCCAUCUAUGCGUCGAUGCCAUGUUGGCAUGGAGCCUCAUCCGACAAUCUGUGACUUCACCCUCACCAAAACUCCCAUACAGAGGCUUAAGGAGAUCCGGGCCAAAGGAGAGAAGAUCCCUAAAGACCUUCUGCUGCGACUUCGUGCUCUCAGGAUCCGUAAGCUCCGUGCCAGUACAAAAGCCAUCAACCGCCGCAGAGAGAGUCAGCAGCUGCAAAUGAGGAGAGCUCGCUCCUCCUGAGUCUGGAGGAAAUCAGUGAGAACAGGACGAAGGGCUGAGGAAGCCUCUGAAAUGAUCUGGAUUGUUGGUGUAACUCCAUUUUAUGAAAAAUGUCUACGUCUUCUAUUGAAGGAUCAGCUGUGCCGAUUAACAGAAACAGCAAAUAUCCAAAAUUACACAGUUUACAGGGCCUUGCAGAACAAUUCAUACCACUUGAGCUUUUUCACUUUGCACCACAAUCACAACGUCCAUGCAUUUUAUUGGAAAUUUAUGUGAUGGACCAACAUAAAGUAGCACAUAACUGUGAAUUUAAAGGAAACAAAUUUAAAUAUAGUUACAGAUAAAAAUGAACAGUGUGGCUUGCAUUUGUAUUUGGCCCCCAUGAGUCCACACUUUAUAGAAGCAGAUUUUGCUGCAGUUACACCUGUGACUGUAUUUGUGCAGUAUUUGUUUUGCUCCCCAAAGUAGCCUUUUAUAGAGUUUGUUGUUCCUUGUUGAUAGCUUGUGGGUAACUACAAGCCAUGCAGUAAACCAGACUUGUGGUUUUCUUUAAACAACGAUUGUUUUCUUGCCUUCUUCUAUGAAGGUGAGGUGAAAUCCCAAUUGAACAGUGUAGCGACUAAUAAAUAUCAAUCAGAACAUUCUGUUAGUUGUGUGCCAAAUUGCAUUACACAUCUAUCCAUCCAUCCUCUAUACCCACUUCUUCCAUACUGGGUGGUGGGGGAGCUCGUGCCUAUCUCCAGCGGUCUACGGCAGUCUAAGGCGGGGUACACCCGCGGGUUGCCAGCCCAUUGCAGGGCACGCAUCACACAUUUAAUAGAAAACAAUAGGUACUGCUAUUUAAAGCUUCAGGGAGGACCAGAGCCUAAACUGCCAUGAUUGUCCAAAGUGCAGGAUGUGCAUUUCAGAGUUUAAACAAAAAAAAUUGCUACAUGAAGUUUAUGAAUAGUCAUGAAUUUCAAAAGCUUGUAAAGUUCUAAACUAGCUGAAUAACAUAAAGGCCUUCUGCAAAAGCUUCUUUGAGAAGAGUGAAACAUGUGCGCAAAAGGUCAGAUUUAUCAGGAUUCAUGUUGCUACAGUUUGUGGGUGUCCAACAAAACAUGAAAAAGGUUUAGAGGUAUGAAAAUGUUUGCAUAGCGCUAUUUAUAAAACAUCACAAAUACUGGUUCAGAUUAUUACUUUUUUUGUUUCUGUUCACUAGCUAAAAUGUGAAUCUCACUGUCAGCUGGUCUGAUAUGUCACAUCUUUUCUCUGUUUUUCUAUUAAAGCUCGUCUGUGGCCACAA